ACCAAAAGAUACAUUUUACUCAUUUAAUACCCGUAGCACCAAAUAGAAAGAUCCAUUGUUCAAUUAAGGCAUCGAAUUGGAUAAAAGACGCACUAGAAUCCAUCAUGACAACACACAGAGACACAAUUCAUAAUGAUCUGAAAGUUUUCACAUGUGACGAGUGUGGAAAAAAAUUUGAGUUCCGAAGUCAUUUGUGUAGACAUCAAUUAUCAGAACACAAAAGCCGCAAAGAUUUUGCAUGCGACCAGUGUGAGAAGAAAUUUGUGAAAAAAUCGAGUUUGCUUAUGCACCAAAAAUUAGUUCACAAAAAUGGCGAAGAUUACUCUUGCAACAAGUGCGAGAGAAAAUUUGAAAAAAAAUCAAAUUUACUCAAGCACAAAAGAAUAUUUCACGAAGUUUUCAAAAAUUACUUAUGCGAAUUGUGCGCGAAGAGAUUUGAUAAUAAACACAAGUUGCUCUUGCACAUAAAAGCAGUGCACACUCGGUGCGAAAAGAAAAGGGGACAAACGUCAAAGUUAAUAGGACACAAAAAGACAAUACAAGGAAGUCGCAAAGAUUUCACAUGUGACUAUUGCGGGAAGAAAUUAGGGAAAAAAUCAGACUUGUUGAGGCACCAAAAGACAGCACACGAAAGUCGCAAAGAUUACGCAUGUGGCAAAUGCGAGAAGAAAUUUAAAGACAAAAGGUAUUUGUUAAAUCACCAAAAAUCAGUUCAUGAAGGUCGCAAAGAUUACCCAUGUGACCAUUGCGAGAAAAAAUUCGGAGAUCGAAGUAAUUUGAACAAACACCUAAAAACUGUCCACGAAGGUCGCAAAGAUUACGCAUGCGACAGGUGCGAAAAGAAAUUUGGGGAACGAGCCACUUUGAUGCAACAUCAAAAAACUGUCCACGAAGGUCGCAAAGAUUACCCAUGCGACAGGUGCGAAAAGAAAUUCGGGGAUCGAGCCACUUUGAUGAAACAUCAAAAAACUUUAACGAUCAGCUGA